AUGGAGCCGCCCGCAAAAAGACCAAGGACCGGCCCGUCGCCAUCUGGCCAACAGUCAAAAGAAGAUGAAGAUGACGAGCUCAACUAUGAGCCCGAGGAGGUGUCUCAGAUGCGGGACCCCGGCUACCAACUCGAACAAUCUCGUGCCUUCGCUGCCUUCAAGUUAAAAUCGACCUUUGAACACAUUUUCCAGAAAUACGAGAGGGAUUUCACAGGUAUCGGCGAUGAAAUUGAUCUGAGGACCGGUAGGAUUAUUGAGAACAAUGGCCACCUGGAACGUAUGAGAAAUGAAAGGGACACUGGCAUCCCCGAUGACGAUGAAGAUGAAGAAGACGAGGGUAUGAACUUGGAGGACGUCUUUGCCUCUAGCGAUGAGGACGAUGAUGAAGCAUCAGCCGAAGACGUUGCACAUGGAGACGAAGACUCCGACCAGUCUGAUGACGAAGUAGACGAAGAAGAAAUUUUGCACGGCAAAAAUGACAGCAAUACUCCUUCAGCAUCUCUCAUACCCAAGACAAAGGAGCAGUUGCAACAUCGCUCGAGCCUUUCCCACGCGCUAUCAGGCACACUUAGGCCUGGAUCCGAGCAGCAGUUGUCUAAUCUCGCUCCACCACGUCAACUAAGAAAUGGCAGCUCGACUCCCUCUGCAAAUGUCUGGGGGUAUGAACCUGAGUCUGUCGACCCCACAUGGAGAGCCCCCGAGAUCAGCCCGCCAAGACCGAGUGACGACCUGAUGUCGAAACUAUACGGAGCAAGAUACCGCUUUCCAGUCACUCAGGGGUCACAAUCGGUAUGGGCUUCGAGGCAGGAUAGCGAAUUGGAAAAGACAACUCCUGAACCUUUCCGGAUUGAUAUGGCGCAACUCGUUCGUGCGAGACAAGAAGCCUCGAGGAUGGCGAGGCCGACGUCGAAGAAACUCUUGCCAGCUUUUACCCCCUAUGACGACAAUGAGGAUGAUAUCCUGGGUGUUUCUACUGUUGAUCGAAAAUUUCGGCCUGCGGGGGAAAAGGACAAGGAGGGUAUGGCAAAGGAUCAGGUAUCUGUCACGUUUACGACGGGACAGUCUCAAGAAGAGCCUCUACCAUCUGUUGAAGUCGAACAAACAAGGUCGAAAACUGCCGCAGUUUCUUCCGCCAAAGAAACAAACGGUCGCAGCAAGACGAAGUCUCUGGGGAGAGAGAAGUUGCCCCCGGAAACGAAGAAGUCAAUACCAAAGAAAGAACGGUCAGCCUCGAAGAAACAACUCGUUCCAGCCAAGGUGCGGAAGCCGAGAAAAAUGUCUCCACCGGUCGAAGUUUUCGACGAACAAGUUGAGGGACGACCUGUUAGUAACACCGCUGGGCUGGACACUGCGCAGACCAUCACCAGUUUUGUAACGGACGAAGAGGCACAGGAGAGACGCAAGCAACGAAUCGUCGUUGAGCUCUUCUCAAAAAGACCUUCAGCAGACGAGAUCACCGAGGCUGAGGAUCCAGAAGACACGGAUGUCUUCGCUUUAACCGAACAGGAUAUGACACUCGCCUCUGGACUUUCGGGCUUGACCGUCUCUGAGAAUAGGCGAUCUCCGGAGCGCCCAGUUGCCCAAAGAGCUCUGGUGGGGGCCAGUCAUGAUGCCAACGCACUCGUUGAAGCUCCGACCGAAAAGGCACCUGAACCACCAAGGGACGGGUUCACUAGACAUCAGAUUGACCCGUCUUAUGCCUUCUCUGAUGACGAAGACGGCAUCCCUACCACACGAUCAAGGCCCAAUCGCUCCCAAAAGCAAUCUGUCGAUGUUCCUGUAACUGUCAAACCUGCCAAGCCGGUCUCCGCGACUGCAGCAGAGCCGUCUGAGGAGGCGUUUGUCUCGGGGGGCUCAGAGGACCAGCAUGGAGCUGAAGUUCAAUUAGAAGCGGAAGCAGACAACGCUGAGUCUUCGCCUGUUGGGGAUAAAUCAAUCACGGACGAGCCCGCUGGCAUGGAUGUUGAUGACUCGGAGGAACAGGUUUCUAAGCAAACAGCUGCUCCGGCAUGGCACCUUGACCCCGACGGUUGUAGAGCGUCCGAGGCCUUAGUCGAUAUCGACGCGGCCGCCAUGCUCAAAACGGUGGAUGAUCCCCCUAAAGAGUGUCAGCCAGCGGGUAAACAUGCCGUCGAAAAUCCAAGCCUAGUAGAUGCAGGGCAUUUGCAGUCAUAUCUAGAAGUUGUUGCGGAUGGGUCACGGUCUUUGGACCCUCAAAACCAAGAAUCAGCAACCGGGAAAGCAUUUCGACAGGAGGCCCAGGGUGAAUCUCGAAUAGAUAAGGUCCAGACAGAAUCGCUGGAGAAGAGCGAAGCCAAAGCCGAGGAUGGAGACCCAGCAGAAGACUUUCAACAAACAGAUGGCGAGGAAGUCCUCGAACCCUUCACAAUACCUCUUGGCCUCGACAAAAUCGACGAGACAAGCGCAUCUGAGGUCGACACCGGAACGGAAGCAAUGGACUUCGAGCUCCCCAUCCUUCCGCCGCCGCCGACAGAGUCGCCGGCUCCCAUGGGGAUCUUGUUCGCAGCACCCCGUCGGUCCCGCCCAUCCUCGGCAAUUCGCCCAAGUCACGUUGGAAUGAGUGCCACGUCCCCCAUGCGAAACCUCAACCUCCAAUCUAGUAGCCCCCUCAAAAAAUACGGAAACCCCAGCUCCUUUUCCUCCGCGAAAGCCCACACGGUGGUCCGGCCCUACCCUUCGGCCAGCCCUGAGCGCAAACGGAAUCCCAGGAAACGCGAACCCACCGCCGGCCAGCCUCUGGGAUCUGCGUCUGAGAGCCCGCACUCCGAGGCGGUGGACGUCUCCGCCGCACCGGCCGUCGGCGAGCCUUUGCCCAGACCCAAGCCACUCAGGAAGAGACGACAGCCAAAGACCCCCACCACGCCUUCUUCGAGACAAACACCCCUCGCGGCCAAGGGAUUGUCCUCCAACAAGAGAUCCAUAAUCUCCCUUCUCUCCGACAACGAGGACGAACUCACCCUGGACCUUUUCAAAACCUGGACUUCAAGCGGCGGUACUCACGGAGACCGCAAGAGAACAACCUCCUACACACCCGUCCUCCUCGCCGGACCCGAGACGAAGAUCACCACGCCCAUGAAGCAGCGCAUCGUGGCGGCGAGCGACGGCGGCGACGGCACAGGCUCGGGCACGGCCACAACGAAAGGCAGGAAGCGCAAGGCGGCGUGGGCGUUUGCUACCCCCACCAAAGUCCACUUCGGCAGCCCUUCGGGUUCGCUCAUCCGCACGCCAGGCGGGAACAUGCGCCGAUGCGGCGAAGAAGGGUUCCGAUGCGAUAGGGAUUUCUGUUUUACAUGUCUAUAG